GUUGCUAUGCACACGGAUAUCACUAUUACUAUUAAAACCAAGAAGACUACCAGUACAGUACAGUAACUGCAGUACAUAGCUAUUACAGUGUCUGCAACUCUACAACUAUCACCUCCACUUGUAGUAUAAUAAUGACAGUAUUCAAGAGGCUGCUCAGGACUUUGCUGAAUACUACUCUUGCAAGAGGCAAGCGAAGACUACCCAAGGUGUUUGCAGCGCUGUGUCUGCUGGGCCUGGUGUACAUGCUAAGAGAGCCAGUCGUGUGUGUGUUCAGUUCCUCCUCCUGUCAGUCAGAGCCUCACUAUGAAACCAGGGAAAGUGUUAAAAACGACCCUUCUUCCAAAAGGGAUGGUGUCAAGUUGAGCCUCCCCAACUCUCUAGCAGGAGCAGCUGCACUAGUGGACCCCCCAUAUGCAGUCAACGAGGACCCCCCACAAUCAGAAGAGGAAUCUGAGGAAAUAAAAAUAGACUCUCAGGAAAUAGACGACUCCCUUAGAGAGGAGACCCCGUUGGAUUUUGAACAGCCGGUCAAGGCAGUGGACCCACCAGCUGUGAUUGAGGAUGGCGAGGGGAGAACGACCAACGAAACUGUCACUACUGUCAGUGUGAUUGCUCAGAACGUCACUGCUAACACCACCACUGAGGCAGACUACUAUGAAGAGGAUGAGAAAUCAGAUGUGGGAGAGGAUGGAGAACGAAUGAGUCCAGAGGAGGUUGCCGAGGCGAUACGCAGCGGAACUAUGUGUAAGAGUGUGUGUCCUCCCUUCCGGUGGAGCAAGUGGAGCCCGUGCUCCAAGGCUUGUGGGCGUGGUCGGAGAUAUCGGAAGGCCAUCUAUGACUUUGUCUGCCCCAACACCCACUUCUGUCCCGGUACUCGUGUUGAGGAGAAUGUGUGUGAGGUGCCCUGCAAGUUUGACCCUGACAAGUACGGGGGGCCAGACGGUCUAGACCUAUACCCUGUGAACCCUCUCAACCCCAUUAUCUACCUGGACAAAUACGGCUGUGGCAACUGGCUCAUUGAGUACGAAAAGAUCCAUAAUGACAUAGUGGCUGGCCGUCGUAGUCCCAAGUUCCUCAUAUACUCGACGGGAAAGGGGGAUUACCCCACUGCAGGGGGAAUCUCAGGACGCCUCAAGGGCAUCACAACAGUCUUCUUCAUGGCAGUGCUGUUAGAGAGAGCGUUUUUGAUUGAAUGGGAGGACCCACCUGGAUUCACGGAGUAUAUCCAACCAAAGAGUUUUGAUUGGUCGAACUUGUCUCCGAUUGGUGGUCGAAAACACGGACCCAUUCGUGACAUAGCCAGCUGGAAGGCGGCUAAAGACGACGGCCACUCUUCCCAGUGGUACAUGAAUACUAAUUUCACCCGCUACCUCAAAUAUCCAGUUGAGAGGCUGCAAGGAGCUCGUUAUGACUUCACCUACGCUCUACUAAGGAACCCGGAACUUAUGCCGAAAGCAUACGAAUACGGAAUUGAUCGAAUCAAAUGUCGACUUUGCUGUGCUUGGGAUAUGCUGUUCAAAAUGAGCCCCAAGUUUGAGGAAGAAAUGAACAUACUGCUCAAAAGUGUUGGUCACCCUCAUAAGCCGAUUCUGGCCCUUCAAGUCAGAGCUAAAUCAGACAAUAUAGAGAAAGCUGUGAAUGUUGCCGAACACAAUAUAAACUGUGGACAGAAAGCUGCAAAGGAUCUCAAACUGACACCAGUCUACAUACCCAUAUUCAACAAUCGACUGGUAGUGCAUAUAGUGGCAAAGAAGUACAAGCGACUGAUGAAGACACCCAUUGAAAUCGAGACAGCCACACGAACAGUGCACACUCACCUUGGCAAUCUGCCCUCGGAUACAGAAUUAGAAGUGGCCAAAGGUGUUCAGGAACGGACAUUUAAAGAGUUUAUUUUAAUGCUCAACUCGACGGUGCUUAUUCGAACCAAAGGCUACCUGGGCUCAAUGGGAAAUGUGGCCGACGCUAUUAGGAGACAUUACGCAAUGCAAGACAAGAAGAAACAUGUGUACACGUACACUGCAGGAGGUACAACAUGCUCCGCCCUAGAGGACGGAACAAAGAUAGAAUAGAACACUAAUAGAGCACAUUUUUAAGCUGUUAUCAUUUUUACACUUCAAAAUUAAAAUUGGUUUGUUUCACAAGUUUAUUAUAAUUAUAAUUAUGAUAUAAUUGUACGUAUGCUAUUAAUUGGUGAUACUAAGUCAAUUGGCACCAUUCGUAUAAUUGAAUCUC